CCUUUUCAUCACAAGUACAUCGCCCUCUCUUCUCUGAUAUACACAAUGGCUUGCUCUUCUUUUCUCUCUCUGAGUCUUUGCCUUCUUAUUUUGUUCCAUAGCUCUCUUGCUCAAAUAGAGCAAGCAACUUCGCCAUACAGCGAGAAAAGAAGUCCGCAGCGAGGGCAACAGGAUCAGUGUCAACUCAACCGUAUUAACGCUGUCGAGCCUUCUCGUAGGUUUCAAUCAGAAGCUGGUCUGACAGAAAUUUGGGAUGAGAAUGAUCAACAGUUCCAAUGCGUUGGUGUUGUAGCUAUGCGCCAUACUAUUCAACAGAGGGGCUUAUUGUUGCCACAAUACGUCAAUGGACCUAAGCUCAUUUAUGUUGUCCAAGGCAGAGGCAUUCAGGGAUCAGUAUUCCCAGGUUGUCCUGAGACAUAUCAGUCACCAUCAGAAUCACAGUCAGAGAGUCAAGGCCAAGGACAAAGCCGUAGAGACCAGCAUCAGAAGGUUCGUCAAAUCCGGGAGGGCGACGUCAUUGCCUUGCAUGCUGGAGUAGCUCAAUGGAUUUACAACAAUGGUCGAUCUCCUCUUGUUCUGGUCCAAAUCAUUGACACCAGCAAUCCUGCCAAUCAGCUUGACCAGAACCACAGAGACUUCUUCCUUGCUGGUAACCCUCAAAGAGAAGUACAGAGCCAAAGAGGUGAAAGAGGCCGCACGAGUGAAAGAAGAUCAACCUCCACGGGAAGCGCACAUGACAACUCCGGCAACGUCUUUUCAGGCAUGGACGAGCGAGUGAUAGCAGAAUCGUUCAACAUCAACACAGAUCUUGCAAGAAAGUUAAGGGGUGAAAAUGAUUUGAGAGGCAUCAUUGUGAGCGUGGAGCAUGAUCUUGAGAUGCUAGCCCCACAAAGAAGCCAAGAAGAAGAACGAGAAGAAAGAGAAGAAGAAGCACAACGACAAUUGGAAAGGAGUCCUAGAGCCAGAUUCAAUGGCCUAGAGGAAACUUUCUGCACUGCCAGGUUGAGACACAACAUCAACAAACCAUCAGAAGCUGACAUCUACAACCCACGUGCCGGCCGUGUCACCAGUGUCAAUAGUCACAACCUCCCCAUUCUCAGAUACCUCCAACUCAGUAUUCAGAAAGCCGUCCUUUACAAGAAUGCUCUAAUGACACCACACUGGAACAUCAAUGCCCACAGCAUUCGGUACAUCACUAGAGGAAGUGGUCGUGUCCAGAUCGUUAAUGAAAAUGGAGAUUCAGUAUUUGAUGGACAAGUCCAAAGGGGUCAAAUGUUCACAGUACCACAGAACUUUGUAGUAAUAACGAAGGCAAGCAAUGAAGGACUAGAAUGGGUAUCCUUCAAGACUAAUGAUAAUGCAAAGAUCAACCAACUAGCAGGACGGGUCUCAGCAAUCAGGUCCAUGCCUGAGGAGGUAGUAGCAAAUGCAUUCCAGGUAUCCGUGGAAGAUGCCAGGAGGCUUAAAGAUAAUAGACAGGAAGUCACACUGCUGAGUCCUGGAUCUAGGUCAACAUAAACGACUAGUUAAUUAAGCUUGGAAUAAUAUGUAAUUUAUAAUAAAGGAAAAAAAAAAAACCAAUAGCACUGUAAACUAUUACAGUGAAGAAUAAAACCCUAGUGGUUAUGAACCAGUAUCCAGUUCCUGAUAGGCUUGUACUGUGAAUGGAUCUUGUGCGAGAGUCAACAAGCUUUGAGCUAAAUAAAUGGCAAUAAACAAAAUGCUACUUUUCAUCCAAA